AAAAGAGUUUGAGCGCUGGAAGGGGCUGGGCUCUAUUGGGGGCCACUGAGCGACGCUCCGGGACUGGGGCUCGGUGCGGGAACCUAAGGGGGCGUCUGCUCGGCGGAGGGUAGAGACUCUGGGUCCGAGGCGGAGGGGUGGGGGCUAGGGCCCGCAGCCCCCCACCCCACCCCGUCACCCCGGAGCGAGAGGAGAUCUGCUUUCUUGGUUUUGCUUCUUUUCCCCCACCCCCACCCGGGGGCUGGGGCGAGGGGAGUCAGGUUACAGGGUGCUUGGGGAGGGGGGCUUAGGGGUGGGUCUAUCUUUCUAUCUCGCUUUCUUCCCCCCUCCCCAGCUCUUUGUUCCCCCUCCCCACACACCCCCUCCUCUCCUCUCCCCUCCCCUCCUCUCUCCUCUUCUCCCUUCCACCACCUCUCUCUCUCCCUCUCUCCCCCAGCUUUUGUUUCGCCAUGCCUAGUCUAGUGGUAUCUGGAAUAAUGGAAAGAAAUGGGGGCUUUGGAGAACUAGGAUGUUUCGGGGGAAGCGCUAAGGACCGAGGGCUGCUGGAAGACGAGCGCGCCCUUCAGCUGGCUCUUGAUCAACUCUGCCUCCUGGGUUUGGGGGAGCCCCCCGCCCCCACGGCGGGCGAGGACGGGGGAGGUGGGGGGGGCGGCGCCCCCGCGCAGCCGGCCGCCCCCCCGCAGCCGGCCCCGCCGCCGCCGCCCGCGGCGGCCCCGGCCGCCCCGAGCGCGGCCCCCGCGGCGCAGACGCCCCAGCCCCCCACCGCCCCCAAAGGGGCGAACGACGCCAAGCUCUGCGCGCUCUACAAAGAGGCCGAGCUGCGACUGAAGGGCAGCAGCAACACCACGGAGUGCGUUCCCGUGCCCACCUCCGAGCACGUGGCCGAGAUCGUGGGCAGGCAAGGCUGCAAGAUUAAGGCUCUGAGGGCCAAAACCAACACCUACAUCAAGACACCUGUGCGAGGUGAGGAGCCAGUGUUCAUGGUGACUGGGAGGCGGGAAGACGUGGCCACAGCCCGGCGGGAGAUCAUCUCUGCAGCUGAGCACUUCUCCAUGAUAAGAGCCUCACGCAACAAGUCUGGCGCCGCCUUUGGCGUGGCCCCUGCUCUGCCAGGCCAAGUGACCAUCCGUGUACGAGUACCCUACCGCGUGGUGGGACUGGUGGUGGGCCCCAAGGGAGCGACCAUCAAACGCAUCCAGCAGCAGACCAACACGUACAUCAUCACUCCCAGCCGGGACCGCGACCCCGUGUUUGAGAUAACCGGCGCACCGGGCAACGUGGAGCGUGCGCGGGAGGAGAUCGAGACGCACAUCGCUGUGCGCACCGGCAAGAUUCUUGAAUACAACAGCGACGGCGACUUCCUGGCUGGCAGCCCUGACGCUGCCUUGGACAGCCGCUACUCAGACGCCUGGCGGGUGCAUGCUCCAGGCUGUAAGCCGCUCUCCACCUUCAGGCAGAACAGCCUGGGCUGCAUAGGCGAAUGCGGCGUGGACUCGGCCUUUGAGGCCCCGCGCCUAAGCGAGCAGGGCGGGGACUUUGGCUACAGCGGAUAUCUGUUUCCGGGCUACGGUGUGGGCAAGCAGGACGUGUACUAUGGCGUGGCAGAGACAAGCCCCCCGCUGUGGGCGGGUCAGGAGAAUGCCACGCCCACCUCGGUGCUCUUCUCCUCUGCCUCCUCCUCCUCCUCUUCAGCCAAGGCACGCGCGGGCCCCCCAGGCGCGCAUCGCUCUCCUGCCACCUCUGCGGGGCCAGAGCAGCUGACCGGGCUCCCUCGGAGGCCACCCGGAGAGCCACUGCAGGGUUUCUCUAAACUGGGGACAGGCGGGCUGCGGAGCCCCGGCAGCGGGCGGGACUGCAUGGUGUGCUUUGAGAGUGAAGUGACAGCAGCCCUGGUGCCCUGUGGACACAACCUUUUCUGCAUGGAGUGUGCAGUACGCAUCUGCGAGAGGACGGACCCAGAGUGUCCUGUCUGCCACAUCACCGCCACACAAGCCAUCCGAAUAUUUUCCUAAGCUCCAUGUCCCUGGUCUCCUGGGCCCGCUCCCUCGGGUGCUGCCCUGGACCUGUAGGGCUUUUUGAAAAAUCAGUGACUACAGGGCAAGGUGCUUGGAAAUAUUCACUCGCUGGGGUGGGGACAAGGAGGCCUGAGUGGCUGGGGGCGGGGCCAUUUUCAGAGCCUCUGGUUACCCUUUGGGAGGGGCCAUAAGUUUUACUAGAGUUACAACUCUGAUACCUCAACACACCCUUAAAUCUGGAAGCAGCUAAGAGAAGCUUUUGUUUAGCCAGAAGUGGCCACCAGGACACACAUCCUGACCUUUCCCUUCUCCCUAUCCACAUGUCAUUUUGCCCCUUCUCUGGAGGGGUAAGAACAGGGAGACUUGCCAUCUGUAGUUAGAGGUGCUCUUCCUGAUUCGCUAGCCCUCUGGUCCUGACCUCCCAUCUCCUAACAUGACCCUUUAGCCCACACACACACACACACACACACACACACACACACUCACUCACUCACUCAUAUCCUGAGUUCCCAACAGUAUAGGGAGAUGGGGGCCUAUUAAAGAUCUGCAUAGAUCUUCCAGGGUGAUGGAGGAUGUCGAUAAAGGGCUCACAACUUACCCAUCUUACAAAGCUGGGCUAGAGAUCUGGAAAGGGGCUUCUCUUCCCCCUUCAAUUGUUUGCUUGGCUUUUCCCCCAAUUUUUUUUUGUUUGUUUGUUUCUGGAUCUGCCCUUUGGUUUCUGUUGUUGUUGUUGUUGUUUUCCCUAUUCUGUCCCCCUCUCCCUCAGCCCCCAGCCACAUGUUUCUUUCCAUCCUCUUACCUCUUCUAGCCCAGCUUUGGGGAUAUCAUUUUCUUGGGAGAGAAGUCUGGAGAGUGUUUUGAUAGCCCCCACCUCCAGUUCCUCUUCAUGUAGAGGACAGCCCUUUUCCCCCACUCCUCCAAAGAAUCAGUUUGAGACGGGAAACUAGUAAUGGGGUACAUGAAAGGUUGGAACCCUGCCUUUAUCAUCUAUGGGCAUUAUACUUAGGGAGCAUCUUAUCCUGGGUCUUCUGCCCAAGGCAAGGGAAAGCCAAAAGUAGGAAAAGUCCUGGGGCAAGAGAGAUGUGUCUGGACGGGCUCCCCUCCCCCUCACCUGCAGUGGCCUACCCCCGACCUCUCUCUGCACCUAGCUGAACCAUUAUUGAGUCCUUAUUAGCCACAAAUCAUGAAUUCUCUGUCUUACCCACUGGCUGAGGAGAGAGGCCAGAUCUUUGGUGAGGGGUCAGGCCAGGGCAAAGCAGGAUUGGGGUGCGGUGGAGCCUGUUACAGGAAUCAGGUAUUGUGAUAGGUCUAGCACCCCUUCACUACUCCUCUUGCUCACUUGUGUCUGUCAGCAGCCUCCUACUCUCCCGGGUUCCGCUGGUCGGGCCAGGAGAGGAUGGGUGACCAGGAGGCCCAGGAGAUGCUUGUAUAUAAUUGGGUGGGAUAUUCUGAGCUCUAGCUCAGGAGUCCCACUCUUCCUGGAUGGGGAAAGGAUGUGGGAUGAGGGCAGAGGGAGGUCUCUCUCUCUCCUGCCUCUUGUGAAUUAACUUGCCUCUCCUCAGCCUUCCCCUCCAGACCACCAGCCUGGGAGGGGAGAGGAAGGAGGUCACAGCCCAGAAAACUGGCCUGUGGCAGCUUCCCUCCUUUCCAUCAAUGUGAGCCAUCUUGAGAUGUCUGUACAAUAGAAACCAAACCAAAUGGGCACCCUGGGUUGCCCAGGGGCAGGGGAUGGGAGGGGGGUGGGAAGAAGGGAUGUCUGUCUGUCAGUCCCCUCCCCCUCUCCACUCCUUACCCACAAAGGCAAAAGACUGUUACACUAGGGGCUCCACAGAUCCAAUCCCACCCUUGCUGAGUGAGCCUUUCCUAGAAACAAGCGCAAAAGUGAGCGAGCAGCAAAACAAAGCAAUGGGGGAGUGAGAUGGGCGACCAACAGAGGAGAGGAAACAAAAAUAGCAAAAAAAGAAAAAAAAGCAGUUCUUUAUAAUUUAAUAUUCUAUUUUAAUAAAGGCAUUUAUUACCGUAUAAAUGUAGCAAAGAACCUGGGCUAAUAUGAAAAAAAGACUUUUUAUUAGGUAAUUUAUUAUAUGAAAAGGAUAUUUUAUUUUAUGAUAAAGUGAUCCUUAAAAAAAAAAACUUUAGAAGGUUUAGAAUAUAUGUAGGGAGAGAAGAAAAAAAAUACAUUUGUAUUCAGAGUUAAAUCUUAAAAAAAGUUUUUAAUAUAUGUUCGGGUUUAUGUUCUUUUUUUUCCCCCACUUCUUUUUGGGGAGAAAUGUCAUUUGCUUUUCUUGGGGGAGCAUCCUGGGGUGGAUGGUGGAGAGGGGAUAGGGAGUUGGUCCCUUCUGGGGCCCCCACCAGUAGAUUGGAUUUCAUUCUGUGGGCUCCCCUCCCCCUCCCCCUCAGGGGAGCCGGCAGAGCCAAACAAAGGAAGGGAUUAACCAGAAAGGAAGCAGCUUUGGGACUAAGGACUGAGGGUCCUGGAGUGUCCCUCCUUCCCCUACCCUGUGCCAGGGGCAGUCAGGAGGGAAAACCAGAACUGAGGCCUAGUUGGCCGACUGAAACCCUCAGAGGUGUGAGAUUUAAGAGAAAUAGAUUUUUUUUAACCAAAAAAUUAAAAAAAAAAAUGAGAAAGAAAAACCGAGGGGUUUAAAAGAAGAGAAUACUACAAAAUAAUUCAAAUUUAUUUCAUAUAAUCCUAGAGAAAGAAAAAGAAUUACUAGUUACUUAGUAGACGAUACUCAAGAUAGCUUAAAGUUUAGUAGCAUUGUGGGCCCCUGAGCCCGGUAGAAUGUAUAAAAGUAUGGGGGAAGAAAAAGAAUAGAGGCCAGUGGCUGAGCUGCCCUAUCCCUGGGGACAGGGCUAGAGCAGGCUGCUAGCUGAGAUUGGGAGCUUCCAGUCUGCUGGGGUUGAUUCUGAGAAUCCUUGGGUUUAAGUGUGGGAUAAGUACAGGAGAGGCUCUGUCCCAGGGUCUUUGCAAGGGUACACACUGGUCAUCCGAAGCUCAGUGCAGCUCGGCUGAGCCUGGCCAUCUGUUAGGAAGCCCCUACUCCUAAUGUCCAACCCUCCCAGGCCACCCUGAGGAAGUCCUUGAAGUCACCUCGGUCCAUCUUGCUACCAGUGGGUUCAAGAGCCAGGUGGAGCUAUUCUGUGAAUGAGCCAGCAACUGCUGAUCAGCUUAGCCUCCAGCACCCAUGCAGUAUGAGAGCGGCAUUGCAGUUUCUAGCGCUGUUUCCCUUCACAUCUGUAGUGGGGAUUUUGUUCAUUUGUUGUUUUUUGACACAGGGUCUGUAGCUCAGUCUGGCCUUAAACUAGCAGCCAUCUUGCUGCCUUUAGUUGCUGGGCCUACAAGGUUCGCACCACUACUCCUGGCUUCAUGGAGUCUCAAAGAAGUUAACAUUCCACGAAAGACUUCCGACUCAGGAAGUAGAGUGCAAGUAUUGUCCUUAUGAGCCUGGGAGAACUCCCCCACCCCAUCCCACCCCCAAGAACAGAUAAAAGUGCAGGAACUUGGGUGGCCUCUGUGCAACCCUUGUGUCACAGCUCCCAGCUGUGUUCAGAUAAGAAUCACCCAUUAGGGCCACAUCACAUCAUCUUCCCCACAGAAAUCCGGAAGCCUGGCUUUGCAUGUGAGAAAUAGGCAUUUUUAAGCACUUGCCUUCUUUCCAUCAGCCCCAGCUAGCAAUCAGAUCGGGAAUGGGAGAGGCCUCUUGGCUUUAGCUUAAGCAAGCGGGACACCAGUGAUUGACAUUGCCACUUCUUGACCCUAGAGCCCAAACACUUCUCCCUCUCCGCAGUUUACUCUUCUCACCCCAUCUAGAGACUAGAAGUCCCCCUGCCCUUUUUGCCCUAGGACCCUCAGUAGUUGGAGAUGGUAGCAUCUGGGAAUGGGGAGGAUUUCCCUAGCAUGCUCGAGGGUGAGUGCUCAGAGGGUCGAGUGGUUGGGUGGAGACAGCCCUGGGGCAGGGAAGAUGGUCUCUCCACUGUAGAAAGUAGAGUAGGAUCGUGGUCAGACUUAAUUUGAGGCAUCCAGUGACUCAUACAAAUCACCAAGGAAGAUUUCAAAUGCAAAGUAAAGGUGGGAAAUAAAACAGACCCAUGAAUUAAUCAAGUCAAAGUGAUGUUGCACACAAUGCAGAGAAACCAAGAAGGGGGAGGGUUAAUGUAUUAAAUGUGCUAUUGAGAAGUUAAUUUUAUUAAAAGUAUUAUUACUUAA